GUUCACCUGAGGCUUGUGGAAGGACACCUGCUGAGCUCUCACAGGUGUGGUUCUGCAGGGGAACGAGAGGGGAACGUCUGUUUCAGCCAUGCAGGAGGGACAAGACACACCUCUGGGGACACUGCAACCACAGACGCGAUGCCUGCAAUGUGGGGACACGCUGGAGUGGUCAGAGGAACAUGGUGUCCUGCUGGGCUGUUCCUGCUGCUCUACAGUAGAUGAGACUCUGGAGAAUGUAGCCAGGGGACUUGCCAGCAGAAUGAAGAAAGAGAAGAGCCACUGGGCAGCUGGCAGAGUUGGUGACAUUGACUUUCUUGGUCCAACUAAAACGAGAGGAAAGUUUGUGAGGGUGCGCAGCAACACAGACCCAGUGCUGAUCUACCAGAUGCUGACAGAAGAGUGGGGUCUUGCUCCUCCACACCUGGUGGUUGCAGUAGUGGGAGGAGAUGAGCUGGCUCAGAUGAGACCCUGGCUUAGGGACACACUGAGAAAGGGACUUGUGAAGGCUGCACAAAGCACAGGGGCAUGGAUUUUGACUAAUGGCCUUCGCUUUGGCAUCACCAAGCACUUAGGCCAGGCGGUACGAGAUCACUCCUUGGCCAGCACCUCUUCUAAAGUUCGUGUUGUGGCCAUUGGCAUUGCUCCCUGGAACAUGAUCCACAACCGAGAGGCACUACUCACAGCCAAGGUUGAUGAACCCACAGUGUACAAGCCUCAAGACUUGCCCCAUGGAUCAGUGUAUUCCCUGGACAGUCACCACUCUCACUUUGUUCUGGUUGAGGAAGAUCCCAACAGACCCGGAGCCACCAGUGAAAUGAGGGUGAAGCUGCUCAAGCAUAUCUCUCUUCAGCGCACAGGUUACGGAGGUGCAGGAAGUUUUGAGAUCCCUGUUCUGUGUCUCUUGGUCCACGGGGAACCCAGGAUCCUAAAAAGAAUGUAUAAAGGCAUUGCCAAUUCGACACCAUGGCUGAUCCUGGCAGGCUCUGGAGGUGUGGCUGACAUCCUUGUCACACUGAUGAAUAGGGGCUGCUGGGAUACGGACAGUGUUCAUGAGCUGCUGCUGGACACCUUUCCAAAUGCCCACCACAGCACAGACAUCAGUAACUGGGUCAAGCUGAUUCAGAAGAUACUUGAUCACGAGCAUCUCCUCACUGUCCAUGACCCGGAACAAGAGAGCUCUGAGCUGGAUACAGUCAUUCUCAAAGCUCUAGUCAAAGCUUGCAAGAGCCAAAGUCAAGAAGCCCAAGACUUUCUGGAUGAGCUGAAGCUGGCAGUGGCCUGGAACAGAGUGGACAUUGCAAAGAGUGACAUUUUUAAUGGAGAUGUGGAGUGGAAGGCUUGCGAUCUUGAAGAGGUGAUGAUGGAUGCACUGAUCAAUGACAAGCCAGACUUUGUGCGCCUUUUCGUGGACAAUGGCGUGAACCUGGGAGAGUUCCUUACCUACGGCCGUCUUCAGGAGCUUUACUGGUCUGUCUCAGAGAAAAGCCUCCUUCACAACCUGCUCCUCAAAAAGUACGAGGAGAAGCAGCUUCUGCUCGGAGCUGCGAGGACACAUGGUCCACCCGGGCACCAUCCUUCCGAGCAAGGAGACCGAAAACCCCGCUUCACCCUCUAUGAGGUCGCCAAAGUGCUGAAAGACUUUCUCCAUGACUCUUGUAAAGGCUUUUACCAGAAGACUCCCACGGAGAAGCCAGCAAAGGGUCGACUGUUCCACACCCAGAAGAAUCUGGCUGAGUUAGAGGAGCGCUGCGAGCAUCCUUGGCGAGAUCUCUUCCUCUGGGCGGCCCUUCAGAACCGGCAGCAGAUGGCUAACUACUUUUGGGCCAUGGGCCCCGAGGCGGUUGCGGCAGCCCUGGCGGGUUGUAAGAUUCUGAAAGAGAUGGCACGACUGGAAUCUGAGGCUGAGUCCGCACGUAGCAUGAAGGAGGCCAAGUAUGAACAGUUUGCCCUUGAUGUCUUUGGAGAGUGUUACUCCAACAGUGAAGACAGGGCUUAUGCUUUGUUAGUGAGGAGAACACACUGCUGGAGCAAAUCUACAGUCCUUAACUUGGCAACUGAGGCAGAUGCCAAAUCCUUCUUUGCCCACGAUGGAGUUCAGGCUCUGCUCACAAAGAUUUGGUGGGGGUCUAUGACAACAGACACAGCCAUCUCCAAACUCGUGGUGUCUUUCUUCUGUCCACCGCUCAUAUGGACCAACCUCAUAAAGUUCAGUGAUGAAGAACUUGACAAUCGUAAUGCCGGCAAGCAGUUUGUGGAGCUGGACAGUCUGGACACAGAAAAGGCUUUACUUCUAAGCGAUGAUGAUGAUGACCCUCUGGACUCUUCACCUGGAGGUCAAGCAGAUCAGAGCUGCGCCUCUGUUUGGUGGCGUUUCUUACUGCGCCGCUGGCGUCGCUUUUGGAGCGCUCCUGUAACGGUGUUCCUCGGCAAUGUCAUCAUGUAUUUUGCUUUCCUCUGCCUCUUCACUUACGUGCUCCUGCUAGACUUCCGCCCGCCGCCGCCUCUUGGCCCUGGAGCGCCAGAGAUAAUGCUGUACUUCUGGGUCUUCACCUUGGUGCUGGAGGAACUUCGACAGAGCUUCUUCACUGAUGAAGAGAUGAGCAUCUUAAAGAAGUUUAAACUCUACGUGGAGGACAACUGGAACAAGUGUGACAUGGUUGCCAUCUCACUCUUUGUUGUUGGGGUCUCGUGCAGGAUGGUGAACAACACCUACGAGGCGGGAAGGACAGUUCUAGCCAUUGAUUUCAUGGUGUUUACUCUGCGUCUCAUCCAUAUCUUUGCCAUUCAUAAGCAGCUGGGACCCAAGAUCAUCAUUGUGGAAAGAAUGAUGAAGGAUGUCUUCUUCUUCCUGUUUUUCUUGAGUGUCUGGCUCAUUGCAUACGGAGUUGCCACCCAGGCUCUUCUCCACCCCAACGACCAAAGGAUUGACUGGGUGUUUCGCAGAGCGCUGUACCGUCCCUACCUGCACAUUUUUGGCCAGAUCCCUUUGGAGGAGAUAGACACUGCUCGCAUGCCUGAAAUGAACUGCACCGAUGACUCAGAUGAGAUUAUCGAGGGCCUGCGGCCACCAUGUCCCAACAUCUAUGCCAACUGGCUGGUUAUCCUGCUGCUGGUUAUCUACCUCCUCGUCACCAAUGUCCUGCUGAUGAACCUCCUCAUUGCCAUGUUCAGCUACACAUUCCAGGUAGUGCAAGGCAACACAGACAUCUUCUGGAAGUUCCAAAGAUAUAACCUGAUCGUGGAAUACCACAGCCGUCCAGCACUGGCCCCACCCUUCAUCAUCAUCAGCCACCUCUCUCAGCUCUUCCUCAGCCUGAUUAAGCAGCCUGAGUCCAAGCAGGAACGUCUUGAGAGGGAAUUGCCGGCGGGGCUGGACCAGAGGCUGAUAACAUGGGAGACGGUGCAGAAAGAGAAUUACCUGGCCAAAGUAGAGCGUCAGCACUGGGAAAGCAGCGAGGAGAGACUCAAGAGCACCUCCUCAAAGGUUCAAAGCUUGCUGAAGAUUGUCGGUGGAUUUAAGGACCAAGAGAGACGACUGGCAUCCAUGGAAAGUCAGGUCAGAUAUUGCGGAGAGGUGCUGUCUUGGAUGGCUGAGUGCUUUGCUCAGAGCACACUCAAAUGUGGGAAGGACGCGCCGAGAGUUCCGACGUCUCUCGCAGGCGACAAGACAGAUGGCGCCGCUGCAGAUGCAUCUCAAAGUCAAACAGCUAAAGAAGCGAAGCAAGAAGAAGAAACAAGACCGGGUCAUCCAGGAUACGGGGCCAACAAAAAAUUUCCUUACAUUGAUGAAUGAAAGUGAUAAUGGUAAUUGGCUGCAUACAGACAGCUGAAGACUAUUUUUUAAAUCCAAUAAGGGGAAAAUGGACUUUAAAUGAGUGAAAUGGUGUUUUAUUUAUAAAAAUAUUGGGUCCUUUAGAAGAAAACAUUAAAUGUUCCACUGUGGUAACUGUGUUUAGGAGGACAGCUUUCAUUAGGAAUGAAUCAUUAGCUAAAAACAUUAACCCAAUCAAUUAUUAGCAUUUCAUGGAGUGUGGCAAUGUUGCAUUCACAUUUACACUUCAAUUAUUUAAGGUUACAUUAGUUAGGAGCUUGAGUAAAAGGCACUUUGAAUAAUUCGUCCAUCAUUUUUGCUGUUUGUGCCACAGUGACGCCUCAAAAAUCAGUACGGGUAGAAGCAGUGACGCUUGAAAUGCAGCAUUUGGAAUGGACAAUACGUUUUUGCUCAUUCUGUUCCACACGAUGACCUUUCUCACAAGAUACCCCUGUGGAGCUUUUGUGUUACUGCUGUGUUUCUCAUCAAAAUUCUCUGCGUGAGAUCCUGACGUGCCACAAAUGUGGCAAAUGCAUCACUUUCUUCGUAAAACAUCAGAAAGGGAAUUUUGAACGUUACCACCCCCAAGUGCCCUUUGUCCUACAGUGGAACAGAGAGAUUGUUCCUGAUUAAAAAGAAAAAUGGCCAGGGUUAGUUCACUGCUUGGAAUUCUGUUUCACCUUUUCAGGUUUACUUGUUCAUUUGCAUCUAUUCUAAGAUAAAUAGCACCUCCAGUGUUUCCAAUAUAUGCUGUUUACCGAGAAUAUACAAGGAAGGAGGAAGGGGGGGCUCAAGGCUUCCAUUGGUUUGGCCUGCCAGGGUGAGUCAGUAGACUAAGCACACAUAAGGGGAAUGAAAAUAACUUUUACAAAGAUUGUGUCUAUACUAUUAAUUAUAAGUGUUUGACUUUCCAUUGUUACCCAGUGACCCUUUUUGUUUUGGUUCAUGACUCAAUAAUAGAUAAUAUAUGAUCAACUGUGGGUACAACAAAUUCCCACAACUGAUUCUAGGGAUUUAAGUCUGUCCACUUAGGUUUUUAUACAAUGCUCAAUUGUCAUUUUCAUCCUCUGCUGUCAAGAAUAUGCAAUACAUUAUCCACACACCCUGUACACACUUGUAGAUGACAAGGGAAAAAAACCCAAAUAAAAACCAAAAAAAACCCCCCCAAAGUCAUCUGCUCUUUAAACAAUGAUUGAAAAAUGACACUAGAGUAAAAAAAACAAACAAAAAAAACC